UGCCAAAUAGGAUGAUCCUCAGUCUACGUUCGAUCGUUGUCCAAAGUGUUUCGUGUUUCGUAUACAGGUAUCGAUAGACUCGAUAAAAAUAGCCAUUUUCCGGUCUUACGCAGUAUUCGUCGAAUUAACAAUAACUUAUGAAUUUUUUAUCAAUUUUUUUUAAACAAAGGAUUUAUAAAGUACGCAGAUUUAUGUACGACGAUGGUUCAAAGUUUGUUUUAAAAUAUACAAUUCGCUGACACGUUAUACUAGUUUUAAUAAUCAAAGUGGUAUACAAUUCCUUUUCGGGAUUAUUAUUUGAAUAAAAAGGAAGAAAAAAAAAAAAAAUGAAAAUGAAACUUUUUGUGACGGCGACAUUUUACAUGGUAACGAGCACAUGUAUUUUACCCUCACCGUUGACGUUGCAAUUAAUCUUGGAAUUUGCUAAAUGGAAGGGCUGGGAUCAGAUAGUACUGUUUGAAAAUUUUACCUCCUUAGAUUGUGUCUUUAUGUAUACCAAACCUUUGAUCGCAUGUCUCUCGAACGAAGGAAUCGCCGUGUCGAUACAAUCGGCCGUUAAUCCGAACAUACCCGAUGCUCUCGCGAUACAGAAGCAUCGAAUCGGAUCGAUCGUUUUAUUGGAUGGGCUUAAUCUCACGUCCCCUGAUAAUGUCCUUCAUGUGGUGAGAAGACUCAGACUGCGGGCAUCGCAGAAGUUUCAAUUCAAUUAUUACGUGUCCUGGCUGAUGAUAACCAUGAGGAACACGGACGCGACGAUCGAUACGGUGCUUCGACACUUGAACAUUGGUAUCGAUAGCGACGUGAUCGUUGCAACGCCUUCGUUAACGUACGAAGCGAUUCAGGAAAUGUCUCGAACAUACUGGAACAGAACAUGCGCGUCUCUGCAACGCUACUGGUUGAGCUUCGAUUUCCCGGAGCCACCAAUUAAGAAGUUCGACGAGAACGCGUCCAUCAAUCAGAAUUAUGCAAUCCUCGAGAACAAAACGGUGCUUUUUCACUUCGUUCAUGCGUACAAAAUCCGCUAUUCGGAUAAUAGUAGUCUGGUGACGAAUUUCCUUGGUUCCUGGUGUCUGAAUUCGUGGUCGUUGAAUAGCCCGAUAAGCGUGAAAUUGCGGAACGAGUUCAAAGGACAACCGAUCGUCUUCGGUGUUCUGAACGGAACCAUCGAUCGACAAAUGGACGCGAACGAAGAGGAAGCAAAUGAUAUCGCGCCGCUCCUCGAUUUCGCUAAUUUCGUUACCAGCAGUGUGAACGCCAGCAUCGAACUCAUCUCGCACGAGAAAUUAGGUACUUUGAAUAACAAAGUUUGGAAUAAUCUGCUUGGAGAUGUCGUCACUGGAGAAGUAGACAUUGGACUGGGAUAUAUUACUGUGAAUAAAGAACGACAAGCGGAAAUGUCGUUUAGUCAUCCUCUGAUUCGUUAUAUGAGGAACAUUUAUUAUCAUCCACUGGAAACUGGUACUAUGAGAGAUAUAUUUCGUCAACCGUUUAAUAAUUGCUUGCUAAGCUGCGUCGCGUCCACUUAUUUCGCCAUUCUGGUAACGAUGGGAUUGAUCAUUUACGCGGCGAAAACUGUUUUACACAAUGAGGAAGCAAACCGUGUUGAAAUUGGGGAGGCUGCGCUCUGGUGCAUCAGCAUAAUGUGUAUGCAAGGUUCUGCAUGGACACCGUGGAAUCCAUCAGGGAAAACAGUAUUAUUAUUUAGCCUGAUGUUCGCUUUGGUAACAUACAGUGCCUAUGCUGGUUUUAUUACUUCAAUCUUAUCGGUGCAGGCCACUGGUAUCAAAUCUAUUACCGAUAUUUUGUCACAUAAUUUCGAAUUGGGCUACAGCAUCACCGAUGACGAAUACAUCAGAAAUGUGAAUGACAGUAAUCUCCGACAGUUGUAUAUAAGAGCGUAUAACAGCCGAGAAUCUAAGUUGGAUACUACUUCCGGUCUUACAAAGGCUGUGAAAGGGCAUUAUGGCUUUUUCGUAAGUGCAACUCUCGCACGACGCGCCCUCAGAUCCACUUUGAUUCAAGAACGAUGUACUCUGAAAGAAUUACCUCUUCCGCAAACGUUCACAAUGGUGGCUCUGCCGAUGGCUAAUUCUUGCCCUUAUAAAAAAAUUAUUAAUUUGAACAUUCUGAAAAUACGAGAACGAGGCGUUCUGAACAGAAUAACAGAACGAAUGUUACCAGAGAUGCCUCGAUGUAAAUCGCCGACCACAUUUCACAGUGCAAGACUCGCCGACGUUUACUCUGCCUUUUUCAUCUUGAUCGCCGGAAGCGUAUCGGCCGUUUCCAUCUGGGUCGUCGAGAGAAUUUGGCACAAGAGGCGACAAAUGAAGGAAACGAUCGUUCGUGGAAUGCGUCAACAUCACCUGAUGCCAUCUCACCUGCCGCAUCUGCCACAUUUACCUCGUUUCUCACAUCUUCCUCAUUUGCCGCAUUUGCAUUCACGUGAGCCUCGUCGGACCGAUUUCUCUAACGACGAACACUUCCCUUCAAGUUCUGCUGUUUCUGCGCACAAUUCACGAGUAGAAAUUGUCCACAGAAAGAAUCAAGAACACUAUACAGAUUUGGACGAAGAGAUCGAUCAACCUUGCUUCGAACCGAAAUUCUUCAGUUGGAGGAAACGCAAUAAUUUCAAACGAGCGGGACUGUCAAUAAAGAUGCUUGACAGAAAUCAGAAGAGUAACACGACUUUUCCUUUCCAUCAGUAACUGGAAAGAGUGUUACAUUUAAAACAUUUUUACGAGAAAUUAAUUCAGAAAAAUAUCAUGAAAAAUGCUCAUCCUCCAAGAAUGGCUAUUGUCAUUUUCAAAAAGUCUCUUCAUUUUCAUAUCAAUGAUUAAACACUUGAACAAGCUGUUAAAAUGUUAACGAUGAUUGUUAACAAAUUGCUUUCGGAAAAGUGUAAAAUUAUAGAUAUUUUUGACACAUCGGUCGAUGUACUUCAGAAGUUAGAAAUGAAAUAUUUUUGUGACAAAGUUGUCUCUUUGUCGUGUUUUUUUGAGUUGAAUAAAUAAAACUUAAAUUAUAUCUUAUAUAUGUAAGUAUAUAAGAUGAAAUAUGCGAUAUAUAAGAUGUAUGUGCAAGGUGUGAAGAUAUGUUGGAUUAUAAUUCGUGACGAUUUAGAUUAUUUUAUUCAGAUCCUUGCCAUGAAGGAUCAUUGAUGUGAGAAAUAACUGAGUCUAAUUUUUUGCUGACUAGUUGUCAGAUAAAUUUCGUUAUGUAUAUGAGAAAUUGCUUCUGAUCUCUAAAUUGCGACAGCUGAUUCUGUUUGAGACUAAACUGAAAUUGAGAAUUUCUGAAUGGAUUGAUUCUGUUUGAUUAAUUUCGACUAAUUUUUUCUAAUUCUUUUAGAAAUUUAAAUUCUUUGUCUCUCUUUUUAAAAGAUUCUGAGGAAGAUUAAGUCGAAGGAAAUCAGAAAGUAUGAUUUCGGAAUUUUUUAUCACUCGUGCAGGAUGUUGCAGAAAUGAUGACUGAGUUAUCUCUUCAAGAAAUCGUCUUGUCAUUGCUUUUAACACUUUUAACAAUACAAUUGCUUAUGUGCAAAAAGAAAAAAAAUUUUCGCAUUCGAAAAUAGAUUGAGACCUAUGAAAAACCUGAUAAUAAGUUAUCUAAUCAUGACGAAAGAUGUGCAUAAAUAUCUAACUAAAAGUAAUUUUAAAAUAUGUCCAUAUCACAAAUUAUUUAUGCGCUUUUAACUUUAUGAUAAUAAUUGCAAAAGUCGAUUUAUAUUCAAGAAAAAAAUGUUAGAUGUUUAAAUGCGCCAUUGACGUGUAAAAAUUUCUAGUGACUUCUUUGCAUUCAUAACUUGGACAUAUAUUUGAAUGUUAUUAUAAAUAUUCAAUAUUUUUUUUAAUCCGCUUCAUCGAGCAUGCGUUUUUAUAAAGAAAAUUUACCUUGUAAUUUUCAUGUAAACGUAUAUUAGAUUUUUCA